CCGAGUGAUUGCGCGCCGCAUCAUUCAAAUCAUGAAGAACAUCAGCUUCGUGGUGGUUGUGCUUCUCGUUGCGGUCGGCCUGGCCGCCGCCGAGAUCAAGAACAAGGGUUGGUGGAAGAAUGCGGUUUUCUAUCAAGUGUAUCCUCGGAGUCUCAAGGAUUCAGACGGCGAUGGCAUUGGAGACUUGAAAGGUAUUACCAGCAAACUUCAGCAUUUCAAUUCUACUGGAGUAACAGCGAUCUGGCUGUCACCGAUCAAUAAAAGCCCUAUGAAUGAUUUCGGAUAUGACAUAUCAGACUUUAGAGACGUCGCUCCAGUCUUCGGUACUCUAAAAGAUCUCGAGAAUCUUUUGGUAGAGGCUCAUAAAAUUGGUUUAAAGGUUAUUUUAGAUCUUGUUCCUAAUCACACGUCUGACCAGCAUCUCUGGUUCCAAAAAAGCGUCAAUAACACAAAAGAAUAUGCGGAUUACUAUAUAUGGGUCAAUGGAACAGGAGAAAACGGGACUUCACCGCCUAACAACUGGGUCAGCGUGUUCAAUGGAUCAGCAUGGACGUAUCACAAGCAAAGGAAACAAUUCUAUUUUCAUCAAUUCUUAGCCUCACAACCAGACUUGAACUACAGAAACCUGGUCGUACAGCAAGAGAUGAAGGACAUAAUGAAAUUUUGGUUGGACAAGGGAAUUGACGGGUUCCGCAUAGAUGCUGUACCACACUUGUUUGAGCUGAAUGACAUAACCAAAAACGAACCAAAACUUGAACACGUGGAUCCCAGCCUCAAUGAAACUAAUCACGCCUAUUACGAUCACAUUUAUACAAAGGACCAGAAUGAAACUUACUAUUUAGUACAGAGCUGGCGAAAUUUCGUGGACGAAUAUGCGGAAAAGAAUGAUCGUGACGAGAUAGUGCUUCUGACGGAGGCGUAUACUUCUUUAUCGAACACGAUCAAGUAUUACAACUACGGCUCGCACGUCCCAUUCAAUUUCAAAUUUAUAACGGACGCCGAUGCAAAUUCCAACGCCACUCAGUUGAAGAACGUUAUAGAUAGUUGGAUAAAUAAAAUGCCGCAGAAUGCGGUCGCAAAUUGGGUGAUGGGAAACCACGAUCGAGUUCGUCUUGGCUCACGUUAUCCUGAUAGGGCGGAUCAAAUGAUAAUGCUGGAGAUGAUUUUGCCCGGAGUUGCGGUUACGUACUAUGGAGAAGAAAUCGGCAUGGUGGAUAUACCUGAAAUAAAAUACGACGUUCGCGAUGGCUGUCGAUCACCAUUCCAAUGGGAUAACACUACCAGUGCAGGUUUCAGUAACACCACAAAAACAUGGCUACCCGUCAACAAGAACUUCAAAGACGUCAAUUUACAGAAAGAGGAGAAAGAGAAGAAUUCUCCCUAUCAGCUUUACACUAAAUUAAUCGAUUUACGAAAGAAUCAUGUGCUGCAACAUGGUUCUCUCAUAACGAAAGAUAUAUCAAAAUAUGUGCUCGCCGUCCUGCGAGAAAACGAAACAGAAACUGUAUCGCUUUUGAUCAAUAUUUCAAAUAACAAAACUUCGGUGAAGUUGACGCAAUUGGGCUCAACUAGGGUGAGCGAAAAGUCAACUAAGAUACUACUCGGUAGCACGAACUUCAAUCAACAACCAGGCACCCAGGUUAAUAACUCGGUAAUCGAACUUCCUGGACAUGCAGCCGUCAUUCUGAUUUCGUCCGGUGCUAGUUUAGCCAGUUACUCAGUCAUAUCUCUUCUACUCGCAGUGUUGUUUUCCCUUUUCCCAUGGUAAAACAUAAAAACAGUUUGUCUGCUUUGUACUUACUCGUAGACUUAUGUGAUAUGUGAAUUUUAGACUUUAAGCUUAUUCGAUGAUGCAUUUGUGGUUUGCCGAAUUUCAUCGCGUUCUUAUUAGCGCGUUGUACUUUGUUCCCGUGUUUCAUGAACGUUACAGUUCGCUUCUUCAGGACGGACUUGAUUCCAACUAAAACAGCUUCAGGAUCUGCUCUAUAAAAGUGAACUGCGAUGUUCACUGAAAAUACUGGAACGAAGCGUAACGAGUUAUUAAAAACACAAUCGAGAUUCGAAGAAGUACAAAUAUGUUACGUAAGUGAUAUAUAUCUGUCACGUUUAACAAUCGAACAACGCGAAGUAUUUAACGCGUAAAAAAAUUACAACCAAACGAUCAACAUGUUAUCAAAUUGUAAUUGAAUUGUACGAAUAAUUACGAUUGCGAUUAACGCGAUAAGAUCUCGCGUUGUCGAGCGUAAUACACCGAUUAGCGGAUUACACGAGACAGAGUAGAGUGAGUUAUUCUACCGAUAAUUUUCCCGCAUCAUUAGACCGUCGUUUUUCUGUCGUAAAUAAACUUGAAAAGUAAAUGCGAUAAUUGUAAGGAUGCUUACGCACUUAAAAUUGGAAAAUGUUACGCUCUACGAAAUACAAAUAAAUAUUUGGACAGCGAUUA